AUGGUGGAUUUGCAUCACAGUGAUGAUGAUGCUUGGGUUGAUCUGGGCCCUGAGAUCUCCCCUGCCCCUCAAAAGCCAGUUGUUGGUAACAAAAGAAAAGCUCAGCGGACAUGUCCUCAGAUGUCCAAGAACCAGCCCAAGCCCAAAACCCAAAAGCGCAAGCUGCCUUCUGCAAGUGCAGAGCUAGAGCUGCCAUCUGAUGAUGAUGGUCUAGUCCUUGACCUGCCAGGGCGGGCUCCAGUGGUUAAGGACACUGAACAUCAGGUAUGUGAUUGCGAGGACUCUUCAUUGAAGGCUGCUGCAUCCCGUGUUGCAUCAGUGGUUGACAACAAGUACAUAGACCUCUUAGACAUCCUGAAAGGCCAAGUUCCUUGUGCUGUGGAGAUGCGAUGCCACCUUUGGGAGAUCUUUUCUGUACCAAGGUGCACCCCCAGAGUUCGUGAAUUGGGUGGCCGUGCACGCCGGAGCUAUGAUAUCAAGCAUUAUUGGGACCUAUCAGCAGAAAGUUUCCAGCGCACAACCAUGCAGGAUGUGUUGCUCCUUAAACCUUUGUGCUUGUUCAUGAGUCCACCAUGCACAAUGGUGUGCAGCAUGCAGCACAGUAACUGGCGCCGGAUCAAGCACAAGGACAAGUUCAUGUGCUUGAAAGAAGCGCUUGACUUCAUUGACUUCUGCGCUUGGCUGGCCUUGCUCCAGCUGACCAUGGGCUUGUUCUUUGCUUUGGAGCACCCGGAGAAAUCCUUAGCGUGGGAUCGGGCUUCGGUGCAGAACCUUACCAAGAAGGAUGGUGUGAAGAAGGUCACCUUUGACCAGUGCAUGUUUGAUCUCCGGGCUCCCUCAGGGAAGUUCCUGCGGAAGAGAACAUGUCUACUUACAAACAGCAAUGCCAUUGUCAUGGCCUUUGACAAAAAGUUCUGUGGUGGCCAUCAGGAGCACCAACGGGUGGAAGGCUCAGAAUGUGGCCAGAAGAGGUCUCUACUUGCACAGGUGUACCCAGGGCCAAUGGUGGAUGCCAUAGCUCAUGCUGUGCUGCUAGAAGGCAGCAGAGACAAGGAGCGCAAUCUGGAUGCUGUGAUGUCUGGUUCACCUAAAGGAGAUGAAUCCACAACAGCAGCUGGAAGUGACAUGCUGUCCGAUUCAACCUUGCCUUUGGACUCGGUGUUUGAGACCCUGUAUGACUCAGUGUGCAAAGAAAUUGAAAGUGCUGGAGGACCACGCCAGUACUUGCAUGCUGAAUUCCCUGUCCGCAGUGAGAGGGCAAAGGGCAUUGCCAAGGUAAUGGAGGUGGCACUGGGGAUGUGUGAAGACGUUGACUAUGCUACAGACUACCCUUUGCCAGUAUGCUUCUCUGGAGCAGAAGAUGAACAAGCACCGUUCUUUCUUCCAUUGGGGGCUUUCUCAGCUGAAGCAGAGAGCUCACUCAGGGAGCCACCAUCCCUUGAUGUUGCAAUCAAACUCAUCAACAACUUCCACAAGCAUGGAUUUCAAACUACAGGUGUCCCUAUUCUGAUUCGGCUGGAGACAGCGAGCCUUCCAGACAGUGGUGAGAUUGAGCCCGGCUCCAUUUACUUCCUGAAGGGUGCUGCCAGGAUCCAAACAGCCAUGGCUGUGGUUGUGGCUUUGCGCAGGAUGGGUCAUGAGGUGCCAUUGAUUCUGAAGAAGUCUCUCCAACGCAUCAAGUGCAAGCACAUCAGGCUCAGAGACCGUCAAGCUGAACUGUUCUACAACAUGAAGAAGAGUUCCUCUGAUGCGAUCCGGCGUGCGCCAAGUGCAAUCUCAUGGGUAUUUAGCUUGGUCAACCUGUCAGCGUGGGGCCAUUCUGAUUCCCAGUCCCUCAUCAAGGCAUGGAACGAUGAUGCUGCAAAACAUGACCGCAUUGCUGGCUACAAGUACCAGGCUGUUAAGACCAUCCUAGAGCUCCCUGAAGCUGCUAGGAACAUAAUCCUUGGCACAGUCAGCCUGUAUGGUUGGGAGGGUUGCCCCUACACGGAUGAUGCACUGGGAUCGAAAAAGCUUCUGGUUGGCUACAACUCCAAAUCUGGCAAGCUCUCCAGAACAUCCCCCUGGACAACAAGAUUGAAGAACACCAAGGAGUCUGUGGUUCUUCUCUUCAGGAUGGUCCACAAUCAGUACACCAACAUGCCACCCAAUCACAGGAAAAAGUUGACCAAGAGCCAGCUAGAAGAGAAGGCUGAGAUUACUGCCCUUGCCUGUUCUAUUGUGGAUGAGCUCACGUCCCAGGUUCCCAAUGUUGCCCCGGUCCUUGAGGAGAAGUUCUUGGAGCGGCUCCGGCGUGGAGACCCCGGUCUUGAGAUGGAGCUCGGAUCGGCCUGCUCUGCAAAAGAUGACAAGUGGGGGCCACGCGACAACGGGUGUAUUCUGGAGAUAUUGAAUGGGCUGACUGCUGGGAAAGGUGAGGCGAUCACUGGUUCAAGUGAGGCUGCUCUCUUCAAGUCUGCCACUGACCUCGAUGCAGCUAGCUACAUGCUGGCCUUAGAGGAAAUUGCAUAUGAUGAGCGAUGCCUCCAGGUGUACUUGGGUAAAAUGAGCAACCAUGAGGUCCGCAUCACCCAGUUGAAGGAGCAAUGGAACCGGAAGAGGCAAGAAGGAGCCAAGGAGGCUGUCCACAAGUGGGUGGACCAACAUGUGGAUGCAAACACAUGGCCUUCCAAGUUUGAUGCUGGGACAGCUUUGAGCAUGAUGCGGAGCAUUGAGGAGGCUGCAUCCAGGUGGCGAGAUUCAAUGAAGUGCCGGAACAUUGCCCUGCUCUUCAUUUGCAACUAUGCAUCUCCCAGUCUCAUCAAGAGUGACAUCACUGCUGCCACCUUCAGCAUGGUUGGCCACAUGCUUGGCUCAGAGUUUGGUCCACAAGCAUGUGGGCUGCUGCUAUGCCCGGUCUACUCAUACCAGAAACAUCAUUUGUUUCUUGAAGAGCAUGCUUUGCUCAAGAUGCUGAGCAACAAUUCGUGUUCUGUGGAUACCCUCUUCCAGCUCAAUUUUGACAUCAAGUCCAAGACAGACCAAAGAGAUCAGCGUCCUAUGGCAUACAAUGGCCGGUUUCUUGCUCCAGCCAACGCAGGAAGCGAUUGGGCUUGGCGUGAGUCUACCCUCUUUAAGCUUCGUCGCAACACGAAUGAGGCUUUGCAGCUGGCAAGCAAGCAAAUGGUGAUUCAGGAAGACAUGAACCCGAAGGCCCUUCUUAGCACAGAUGCUGGAACUUUACAUGGCGCCCAAAAGUAUGCCCAGAUUGGCUCUGAUGCAGCCCGGAAGCUGUUGUCAUCUGCGCUGGAGGGUGUGAACUUUGGGAAUCACACAUCCCUUCUUGUGGUGGACACAACGCCGCUGGUUGGAAACUUCUUUGAGGCCUACCUGGAGGUGUCCAAAGAUACCAACGUGCCCAUGAAGUAUGUUCCACUUUUUGCAGAUGAUGGGCAUCAGGAAUGGUUUUCUGGCUAUUUUCACCAAGAGCUGACCAAGCGCUUCCUGCAGGACUCUUUGAAAAUCCCUGGCUUCCCUCUCAACCCCCCUGCGGAGCACAUGGAAUCCAAGCCGGAGCCUCCUGCCUUGAAGCGGUGCUUGUGGGGCAAGGUGAAGAAUGAGAUCCGCACCAUUGAGCUCCCUGAGGAUGAGGUCAAGAAGUGGUGGAGCAAAGAUGAAUGGAAGUGCUUUGUCCAAGAGUUCCAGGAGCGGCACCCUCCAGUGAAGCAGCUUGAGAAAGAGGCCCCCAAGGCUUCUGAUUCAGUUUCUGCAGCUGUGCCUGUCAAGCGCAAAUUGGAGGUGGACAUCUCCAAGCACUUGCGGGAUGGAGGGAGUGCACCUGGCGGAGUCAAGGUGGCACAGGUGCAGAUCAUCAAUGCCAGGUUUCCAGCUGAUGUGAAGAGCCAGGACCUUCCAACUCUUGUGGUUUCUGAUGGCGGGCCAUAUGUGGAGAAUGCCACUGAGCACCCGGUGACCUUUCCUGCUGGUUCCAUCCUGGCUGGGUGGGGCAAGGGCAAGUUCCGUGAUGGCAGCGAACAGAAGUGCAAAGACAAUGAACUUGAGUUUACCUGUGGUGCUGAGACAUAUGGCAUGAUGGACAACAAACUGAACCUCCUCACCGACUUGCUGACUGCAGAGCAGAAGGUCUUGGUCUUGGGCUCUGGCGGACUGACCAUUGGCCAAGCCGGCGAGUUCGACUAUUCGGGCAGUCAAGCGAUCAAGGCACUCAAGGAAGCCGGGAUUAUGUCAAUCCUCAUCAAUCCGAACAUUGCCACGGUGCAAACAUCUGCAGGAAUGGCUGAUAGAACCUAUUUCCUGCCAGUGACGCCUGAAUUUGUGGUGAAGGUCAUCGAGCGAGAGAAGCCCGAUGGAAUUUUCGCGGCCUUUGGUGGACAGACGGCUUUGAACUGCGCCGUGAAGCUUUACCAAGCUGGAGUCUUCGAAAAAUACAACGUCAAGGUGCUUGGAACUCAGAUCGAUGCCAUCAUGAAGACUGAGGAUCGUGAGCUCUUCAGUCAGGUGGUGGACGCCUGUGGUGAGAAGAUCGCAGAGUCCUCCUGCUGCGACUCGGUGGCCGAGGCGGCGGCCGCGGCUGCAGAGAUCGGCUAUCCCGUGCUGGUGCGGGCGGCGUAUGCGCUGGGCGGCCUUGGCAGCGGCUUCGCCAACGACGAAGAGGAGCUGCGGAAGCUGGUGACCGUGGCCUUGGUGAACAGCCCGCAGGUCAUCGUUGACAAGUCAUUGAAGGGUUGGAAGGAGCUUGAGUACGAAGUGGUGCGUGACAAGAACGACAAUUGCAUUACGGUUUGUAACAUGGAGAACUUUGAUCCCAUGGGCGUCCACACCGGUGAGUCCAUUGUCAUUGCGCCGUCCCAGACCUUGAACAAUGAGGAGUACUACAGGUUGCGCCAGUGCGCCCUGAAGAUCAUUCGACAUUUGGGCAUUGUGGGAGAGUGCAACAUCCAGUAUGCCGUCGACCCGAAGAGCUCCGAGUUCCGCAUCAUCGAGGUGAACGCUCGGCUGAGCCGCAGCAGUGCGUUGGCCUCGAAGGCCACCGGAUAUCCCUUAGCUUACGUGGCUGCCAAGUUGGCUUUGGGACAUGAUUUGGUGCAGCUCAGGAACAGUGUGACUCGAUGCACCACGGCGUGCUUCGAGCCAUCCUUGGACUACGUGGUGGCAAAGGUGCCUCGUUGGGACUUGCAAAAGUUCUCCACCGUGGAUGCCCGGAUUGGCUCGGCCAUGCAGAGUGUGGGCGAGGUCAUGGCUAUCGGCAGGACUUUCGAGGAGACCAUCCAAAAAGCCCUCCGUAUGGUUGAUGAGACUAGCCUUGGGUUCGACCCGAUCCGCUUCGACUUGGAGCUCAAUCGUCGAAAUGCACACAACUGCAGUGGCACCAACUUGGAUGCCGAGCUCAAGAAGGAGCUUAGCAACCCAACUCCAGUUCGCAUGUGGGCCAUUGCCAAAGCCUUCGAGCAGGGAAUGGGGGUUGAGGAAGUUCAUGCGUUGACCAACAUUGAUCGAUGGUUCCUUUCGAAGCUCCAUGGCCUCCAUGAGAUCAAAGGCACCAUGAGGACCAUGGACAUCUACGAGCUGCGCAGCAAUCCGUUGCUUUUGAAGGAGGCGAAGAUCAGAGGUUUCUCGGAUCGGCAGAUCGCAUCGUUGAUCUCAGUGCCAGAUAGAAUCCUGGACUGCGCUCCUUCUCCAGCUCUUCUUCCCAUUGACCAUGGUUCACAGCGAUAUACCGGUGGUCCUGUCACGGAGGCUCACAUCCGUUUCCUCCGCAAGAAGCUUGGCAUUGUGCCCAUGGUCAAGCAGAUUGACACUUUGGCGGCCGAGUACCCAGCAGAAACCAACUAUUUGUAUUUGACCUACUCUGGUCAAGAGCACGAUGUGGCUUUGGUGGGCAGCGACAAGCAAUGCUCGGACGUGCAAAUCACCGACUUGACCCCGGCCAUUCCGGAGCCCCUCACGUUGAAGCCCGAGGGCGAGGGCCGGGAGCGCUUGGGCCGCGAGGGCGAGGAGAGCGAGUCGCGGAUCAUCGUGCUGGGCUGUGGCCCCUACCGCAUCGGCAGCAGCGUGGAGUUCGACUGGUGCAGUGUCUCCUGUGUAAGGACCUUGCGAUCCUUGGGACACAAGGCUAUUGUCAUCAACUGCAACCCAGAGACGGUGUCCACGGAUUUCGACGAGUCAGAUCGACUCUACUUCGAGGAGCUCAGCCAUGAGAAGGUCAUGGACAUCGCUGAACUGGAGACGCCACGGGGUGUGGUGGUCUCCGUGGGCGGGCAGACGCCGAACAACCUGGCGCUCGGCUUGCACCGUUGCGGCGUCCGGAUCCUGGGGACCUCGGUGGAGGCCAUCGACGCCUGCGAGGACCGCAACAAGUUCUCCCAACUCUGUGACCAGCUCCGCAUCGACCAGCCCGAGUGGUCCGAGUUUGCCACCCUGGAGGAGGCGCGGCGUUUCUGUACCACUGCUGGCUUUCCGGUCUUGGCGCGGCCCUCCUAUGUGUUGAGCGGCGCAGCCAUGCGUGUGGUCACAAAUGAUGAUGAUUUGGACGUGUUCUUAAAAACUGCCGCUGUGGUGAGCAGGGAUCAUCCAGUGGUGAUCUCCAAGUACAUUGCAGGUGCAAAGGAAGUUGAAAUGGAUGCUAUCGGUAACAAUGGUGAUUUGGUGAACUAUGCCAUCGCAGAGCACAUUGAGAACGCUGGUGUCCACAGUGGGGAUGCGACGCUGCUUCUGCCAGCGCAGCGUCUCUUUGUCGAGACUCAUAGACGGGUCAAGAGCAUCUCGCAGAAGUUGUGCAAAGCUUUGAAGAUUUCCGGGCCCUUCAACAUCCAGUUCAUUUGCAAGGACAACGAAGUGAAGGUGAUUGAGUGCAACCUCCGUGCUUCUCGCUCCAUGCCCUUCAUUUCAAAGACCUACAAUGUGAACUUCAUUGAGCUGGCCACUCGCAUCAUGACGGGUUUGCCGGUUCGUUCGGCCAUCAUCCAGCCAAUGGACAUAGACUUCGUUGCUUGCAAGUGUCCGAUGUUCUCCUUUGGACGCCUGAAGAACUCCGACCCACGCCUGGGCGUGGAGAUGUCCUCCACUGGUGAAGUGGCAUGCUUUGGUGUGAACGCCCAUGAAGCCUUCCUGAAAGGCAUGGUGGCUGCGAACUUCAAGCUUCCACUGAAGAACAUCGUGAUCUCUAUUGGUCCCAACGGUGCCAAGCAAGAGUUCCUGAGCAGUGGUGCGGCAAAGCAGCUUCAGGACAUGGGCUUUAGCCUUUUCGCCACCAAAAGCACGCAUGAUGUUCUGUCCAAGCAAGGCUUUGCUUGCAGCCUGGUCUACAAGCCUUUGAUUAAGAGGGAACCCAACGUGUUGACCUUGCUCCAAGCUGGGAAGAUGGAUCUCGUGAUCAACGUCCCAGACUCCAUGGAUUCCAACGGCAUGACGGAUGGCUUCAAGAUGCGCCGAGGGGCGAUCGAGGCCGGCGUUCCACUGAUCACCGAUAUCAAGACGGCGAUCAUGGCCUGUGCCGCGAUGCACAAGAAGUGGCUCCGGGAAAGCAGUGGCAAAGAAUUCUGGGAUGUGUGCUCUUGGCAGGAGCAUGCGGAAAUCGUGGAAAGGCUCAAUUGA